GAGUUAAAAGUAAACAAAAGCUUCGGUUUUCACUGUUCACAUCCAAAGCUCGCAUAAUUUCCAAUAAAAUUUUCUACAUUUUUGUUGUUUGCUAAAGAACCCGAUUUGCUCUUAAGGCUCUCUCCCACUGCCAAUUCCAAUUUCUAGUAUUAGAAAGGGAUCCUUAACAUGGAUGAGAAUGUGUGCAGAACUUGUCUUGAAUGAGUUUUGCAUGUAUGGAGUUGUGAAGCAACAUUGGAUAAACAUACUACUUAAGGAUUGAUGCUUUUGUGAUGUUGGGUGGAUUCUUUAAGAGGUUGUAUCAGUAGUAGCUAAUUAUUGUUUGGAAGAUCCUUACAAGCUUUUCACAGCAGAAAGCAUAAGUGGAAAAACAUACUACUUAAGGAUUGAUGCUUUUGUGAUGUUGGGUGGAUUCUUUAAGAGGUUGUAUCAGUAGUAGAUAAUUAUUGUUUGGAAGAUCCUUACAAGCUUUUCACAGCAGAAAGCAUAAGUGGAAAACUUGUAUGUUGUAACAAAGCUUUUGACCCGUUUGCUUGAGAGAUGGAUAAUGCACAGAAUGCUAAUAUGUCUGGUGGGAAUCUCUCUCUGAUAACAUCUAUUGAUCAAAAUGAUCAAGUCAGAAGCCAUCAUGAUAUUAUGAUGCGCCGUCUAAAAAAUAGGGAACGGCAACGUAGAUAUAGAGCUCGGAAACGUCUUGCAGCUGAGAGAAUGCUGACAUCCCAUCCAGUGCAGUACCUGGAAGCCGAUACAAAGAAGGCACCUGCCUCUAUGCCACUGCCCAAAGAGAUCAAGCGGAGGCGGCGGAGGAAGAAGGAAAGUAGCAUGGAUCAAUUUACUGCGACUCAAAUAGAAAUGCCUUUGCAUUACACUGAAGCUGAUUCAAAGAAGGGACCCACCUCCCUUCCCCUGCCCAAAGAGAUUAAGCGGAGGCGACGGAGGAAGAAGGAAAUUACCAUGGAUCAAUUUAUGCCGGUGCAUGUACAAAUGCCUUUGAGUGACACUCCUCAAGAGUUUGCAACUCGGGUACACAGCCGAAGAGAUUGGAAAAGAGAUGCGAGAAGGGCCCACGCAUUGAAAGAGCAAGAAGUUAGAAUUCAUGGCCCUGUUAUUCCGGUGGUAACAUCUGUUAGUGCAAGCCAAGUCCAGUCUUUUGCUUCUGCCUUCUAUCCUCCUUCAGACAGAGAAUGUCAGACACGUGGGGUUAGAGUUGACAAUGAAGCACAAAAGGUGGUGCCUAGCCGAAGACACUGGAAAGAAGAGGCCAGAAAUAGGAAAAGUCAAAAUGCUUAACAAGAAAUCAGCUGUGGGGUGGGUUUGGGUGUUGUGAAUAAUCUAGUUCUGUUUCUUUUCUGCUAAGAGUAGUAUUAGGAUAUGUAUGGGUGUUUUUUUUUUUGUAAUAUCUAACUUGUCCUUGUAGUGAAGUUUUUCAUGAUCAAGAUUUGUGUGUAAACUGUUCUCUACCUCUUCUGUCUUUUACAAGCUUAUGGUGAAGUUAUGUUAAUCUGUUAUCUGCUAGA